AUGGCGAUGGUGCUGGAUGCAUUUGCGUUCUACCUGGCGGACAUGCUCACACAGGUGGCAGCAGAUGAGGUAGGGGCGAUGCUCGGUGUCUCGGGUGAGAUCAACAAGAUGGGCGACAAGCUCCAAGACCUCAAAAAUUUCCUGGCCGACGCCGAUAGGAGGAACAUCACCGACGAGACCGUUCGAGAGUGGGUGACGCAGCUCAAGCAUGCCAUGUACGAAGCCAGUGACAUCCUUGACCUCUGCCAUCUCAAGGCCUUGGGCAAGCCUGAACCAUCCUCGGUAAACGCAGGGUGUUUCAAUCCCUUGCUCUUGUGCAUUCGGAAUCCCUUCCAUGCUCGUGAGAUCGGCAUCCGCAUCAAGGCACUCAACCAGAGGCUCGACGCCAUCAAGGAGCGGAGCGCUGCUUUCAACUUUAUCAAUCUUGGAUCCUACUACCAGGAUCAUCGCAGCCAUGGUAAUCCAACUCCAAGCCGGGAGACGGUAGGAGACUUUGACCGGUCGACUGUGGUUGGGGGCAAGAUUGAAGACGACACAAGAGCAUUGGUGACCCGUAUCAUGCAAACAGGAAAGGAGGUCGACGAUGACAUCAUGGUGGUCGCCAUUGUAGGUGUUGGCGGGAUUGGCAAGACCACUCUCGCUCAGAAGGUCUUCAAUGAUGAGGCAAUCCAAGAUGAGUUCAGCAAAAAGAUAUGGCUAAGCGUCAACCAAAACUUCAGUGAUGUUGAGCUGCUGAGAAGAGCCAUCAUCGAAGCUGGAGGAGACGCCCAGCUAGCUGGAAAUGCAAAGGCCACGCUUCACCGAAGCCUCAAGGAUGCCUUGAUUGGCCACAAGAUCUUGCUUGUAAUGGAUGAUGUGUGGGACCAUGGAGCAUGGGAUCAUGUGCUCAAAAUACCAUUAACGACUGUUGCUGCUUCAGGCAGCCGAGUCCUCGUCACCACUAGGGAUGAAGGUGUUGCUCGAGGGAUGAUAGCCAGAUGGCCCUACCACCAAGUCGACACAUUAUUACCUCAAGAUGCCUGGUCAUUGCUCAAGAAGCAGGUACUCUCAAGUGAGAUAGAUGAAGGGCACAUCAAUACGUUAAUGGAUAUUGGAUUGAAAAUUAUACAAAAAUGUGGUUGUUUACCACUUGCUGUUAAAGUAAUGGGAGGACUCUUGCGUGAAAGAGGGGGGCUCCGUCGUGACUGGCAGAAGGUUUUGGAUGAUUCUAAAUGGUCAAUAACUAAAAUGCCCCAAGAGCUCAACCACACAGUAUACUUAAGCUAUGAAUAUAUGCCGCCUUAUUUGAAGCAGUGCUUUCUAUACUACUCACUCCUUCCUAAAAGUAAAGUUUUUCGCAUGGAUGAAGUCAUUGCAAUGUGGAUGAGCGAAGGAUUUAUCAAUGGAAACUCUAGUGAUUUAGAAGAAUUGGGAAAAAACUACUAUAAGGAGUUGAUAUAUAGGAACAUUAUAGAGCUAGAUAAAUCAUAUCCCCACAUAUGGGUUUGCAGCAUGCAUGAUGUUGUUCGCUCAUUUGCUCAGUAUAUGAGUAAACAUGAAGCACUCGUAGCUCAAGACGGAGACAAUGAUAUUCUUACAAAACUUAGUUCACAAAAGUUUCUUCGGUUGUCCAUAGAAACUAACCGAUCACAAUCACGUGAUCUUGAUUGGACAUCUCUGCAAGCACAACAGUCAGUGAGAACAUUAAUCUCAACUAUUCAGAUCAAGAUGAAUCCUGGUGAUUCAUUGGUUACCUUUUCAAGUCUGCGGGUCCUAUAUAUACAAGCUGCAGAUGUGGCUGCAUUGGUUGAAUCGUUGCAUCAACUCAAGCACCUGAGGUAUCUGGCACUAUUAGAUACUGAUAUUUCAGUACUUCCUAGGAACAUUGGCAAGAUGAAACUAUUACAAUUCCUUGACCUUCGUGGAUGCACAAAAUUGGUGAAUCUUCCUGCUAGCAUCGUGAUGCUUAGCCAGCUGCAAUUUCUUUAUAUUCCCGACAUCAUACACAUGAUACCUAGAGGGUUUUGUGGUCUGACAGGCAUAAGGAAACUAAUUGGGUUUCCAGGCCACAUGGAUGAUGAUUGCUGCAGUUUGGACGAGUUGGGGCCUCUUUACCAACUCAAAAAUCUCUUCUUAAAUAAACUGGAAAAUAUAUCUGCUGCCUCAUUUGCUGCUAAUGCAAGGCUUGGUGAGAAGAUGCAUCUUAUUGAACUAUUCUUGUGGUGCACCAGCAGACUAGGAGAUGACGGGUUGAUCAAAGAGAACCAAGGUGUCUCUGAGGAAGAACAACGGCGAAUCGAGAAUGUGUUCAAUGAGUUGUGCCCUCCGCCCAGUGUAGAGAUUAUUAAUAUCAAAGGGUAUUUUGGCUGGCAACUCCCGAGUUGGAUGAUGUCUACAUCAAUGGUACCGGUGAACCUCAACACCUUGACGAUUCUAUUUUUCUCUGACCUAGCUUGUUGCACACAACUUCCCAACGGGUUGUGUCAGCUCCCCUACCUGCAAUUACUUCAGGUUAAUCGUGCUCCAUGCAUCAAGCGGAUUGGGGCUGGAUUCUUGAAGGAUGCAGCAUCUCCAUUUCCGACUUUAAACAAGAUGAACUUAGUAGGAAUGGUGGAAUGGGAGGUAUGGGAAUGGGAGGAAAAAGUACAAGCCAUGCCCCGUUUGGAGAAGCUUCAGCUUGUAAAUUGCAAACUGAGGCAUGUUCCUCCAGGCCUUACCUCUAACACAAGGGCUUUGAAACAAUUAAUUCUACAACAUGUCCAGCACCUCUGCUACAUUGGGAGCUUUCCUUCAGUUGCUGAGCUUAUUGUGUAUGGAAUCCCCGAUCUAGAGAGGAUCACCAAUCUCCCCAAUCUGCAGAAGCUUACCAUCACCGAUUGCCCAAAGUUGAUGGUGUUGGAGGGUAUCCCUGCACUUGAGAAGUUGGUACUGGAGGAUUACGUGAUGGAAGAACUCCCAAAAUACAUGCGAGCCGCGGGACAGUGUGGUCUUGAGUGGGACAAGUUCAGCCAUGUGGACAAUGUCAAGGCAUAUGCGCCUGAUGGAGACAACCAACGAAAAUGGUAUAUGUUUUACACAAGAGGAGAUAACUACAAGUUGGAUUCAAAUAUUAGCAUCUCUAUUUCGCUGCCGUGCGAGCGUUUCAGCUUCCAUCGUGGAGGCGGAAGAUACAGCGCCAGCAAUAAAAGCAGCAGGAUGGAAGACAAAUCAAUAAUCCCAAGUGAAGUUAGUGCGUCCUCGAAGCUGAAGGUUAUGGAGCUGAAUUUCUUCCUCUGA